GCUACUUCCACACUCACUUGUCAACGUCCGCGGAUGCUUCUCGCGGAAGGAGCAUAGGUCAAGGCCGUGGGUCGCACUCUACACAGGCGUCGCGAUGGAUACACGCGGUCUCACAUUGAGAAAGAAGCGUAAGGACCGUCCUACAAUAAGCGCACCUCAAAAUGCCUCCGGCCCAGGCAUCACCCGACCAGCGCCGCAGCAGAACAAGAGCGGUGCUACUCUUAAUGUCCCACGAGAUCGCAAUGCACCCACCGAGACCUCCGAUCUCGUCAAGCGGCGAUAUUCGACUCGAUAUAACCAGCUUCCCGACUUCAGCAACAUCGGUGCACCCCCUGUUCCUACACUCCCUGGUGCCCUGAAGCGACGUUCCGGAGGUGGCUCUCCACGCCGCCCAGGAACAGGGUCCUCUUCUCGACCGCUCCUCGUCGAUAGUGACACCCUCAGCGACCCGAACCUCAAGCCUGAAGCCUAUGUUACAGACCUCCUCUCCAACGCCUCCGAGUCGGAUAUUCAAGAAUACCAGGCAAAUCUGCAGCGUCUCAAGAAUCGCAAUUCAGCAGAAUUGCAACAAAGCGUCUACCAGAACAGGACGUCGUUCAUCAAGAUCAGCAAAGAGGCUGAGAAGCUGAAAGCAGAAAUGGCUAUCCUACAGAACCUCAUGUCCGAGCUCACAAGCACCAUCGGACAGGGCAACUCAGGAAGCUCCAACAAUACACUCUCACCAGAUCUCAGUCACUCGUCCUCGCAGGCUAGACGAAACGCAAAUAGGACAUCCGUUGCAAACCUGGAACAGAUGUGGAACGUCCAACUGCAAGCACUGUGGAAGAACAUCGAGAAAUCCCAGAAGUUCCUUCCCGCUGUUCCCGGUCGGCAUAUCGUCGCCGAGACAGGCAAUUGGAUUGAGCUCGACAGUGCAACCUGGAAGCCAAAACGCCCCGUCCACAUCGUCCUGCUGAACGAUCAUCUACUCAUUGCGUCUAAGAAACGCAAGCGGGUCGACCCAAACGUACCUCAGCAAGGGCCGGCGCCUACAAAGUUGGUUGCUGAGGAAUGCUGGCCUCUGCAAGACAUUGAGAUCAUCGAUAUGGCAGCAAGCUUGGCCAACGGAGCUUCCAACCCGGCAGAAGAGAAAGCCAUUGCUUCCGCAUUGAUGAUUCGCUCCGGCGCACGGUCAUUGACGUACAGGCACGAAAAGCGCGAGGAGAAAGCAAAGACCGGCCUAUUGAUGGCUUUGCGAAAAGCAACCGAGGACGUCCGCAAAGCCACCAAGACUCAGGAGGAGCAGAACAAUAGCCAGAGUGAGAGUCUGAAUUAUUUCGCCGCACGAGAUCCAGCUUCCGCAACGAACAUUGAAAUUUUCGACAGUAUCAACUCUGCCAAAGACAAGCCAGAUAUCCUCAUCGAGGUAGACGGCAAACAGCAAAACUUUCGCUGGGUCGAAGGGCAGAUUGAUGACCUCGACAUUGACAUCUCCAUGCAACGCUUCGACGAAGCCGUAGACAAAGUCGAGAGACUCCGGAAAAUCGCCCAGAACCUCAACAACAAUUCGAUCGCACAUGAACUUAUCGCCGUCAAAGUCGACGAACGUGCGGCAAAGCUCGCAGGGGUCAUUUGUCGAGAGCUCGUUGAGACUCCGUCUUUCAUGGAAGCUACCAAGAGAACCACGUCCUUUCUCAUCCGACUAGGCUUCGAGGACAGAGCUCGUGAAAUUUACCUGAACGCACGCAGCGAGACCUUGACGAAGCGCGCCAGACAGUGCAUCUUCGAUGGCGAUUUACAUCGAUACGUCUUCUCCAUCUCCUACGUCUACUUCACGGUUGUCAAGAACACUGUGCUUAUAUAUCAAGCUUCCUUCCCGCCGACGACGAUCAGUGCGUGUAUCAAGUGGGCGAACACGCAUCUUGAAACGUUCAACAUGCUCCUCGUCCGACAGUUGAGCGCGAUAGAGAAAGACGGCAAGCUGUGGAGAGAAUGCAUGGAUGUUGUGUGGAACCAUGAGAAGGAAAUGUUGGGCGAUUUUGGUCUGAAUUUCAGAGAGGUCAUCGGAAGGGGCCUCGAAGUCAAGGAUAUCUCUGGUCUCACGCCUGGAAUUGGCGCCGGAGAGAACAGGGAUCAGAGCAGAUCGAAGUCGCGUGUCAGGGGCAAUACAUGAGCGGAGAAAAUGUUUUUGCUUCUUUUAGUAACUACACAGGAUAUAUGCAGGUGCUAUCGGCUUCGCGCGGUCACUGAUGCUGGUAUAACAUAUGCUUCCUGCUCUU